CUCAAUAUCCGCGCUCAGUUGUUUACGUUUGCGUUCGCGAAUCGCGCGGCUCCAGUGCAGUGAGGCCGCGGCCUCCCUCAUGGCCAAAUUCCUCGUCCGCUGCAAGAAGCGCACCCCGGCGAGUCCCAGCGAGCCCUCCAAGCCUCUCGUCCCGGAGAGCGGCAAGGAUGUGGACCUCACCGAGGAGACCCAGGAGAAGAGACCCCAUUCGGGACCCCCGCCCGAGGUCUCCCGAUUCUCCAGGAUCCUCCACCUGGACCACCCCAUCGCCGAGCUCUUCAGUCAUUCGGGUAGUGCGCUGAAUUUGUUGGACUUCAGGCCCGGGGCCUUCCUCUCCAAGCGCUUCGGCGGUCGCAAGAAUCGUGGCAACGAUCUGCGCCGCAGUAAUAGUUUCAAGUUCGAAAGGUUCGAAAGGAAGGAUAACGCCGACUCCCCCGGAGGAUACGGAUCUUGCACGCUGCAAAAGCAGAUAUCACUUUGCGAUGAUUACUGUCUUCCUGUUGAUUUUGUAAAUAAAAGACGACCAGUCAGCCUUGGAGCUCAUCAUUUUUCUAGUCCCGAUGGAGAGAGAGUCGAAGUAAUCGAAAAUUACUCUGAUCCAAGAGAUUCCAAAGCAUACUUGCAGCCGGGUGAAGAGGCGUCAGCCAAAUUAUAUUCUAGUCCUGAUUCAAAAUAUAGUCAACCCUGUGAAGAGCGAUUACGAGCCCUCGAGAGUGCGGGAGGGAGGAAGGCGGAGGAUGGGAGUUCGGCGGCUUGGGCUGGGACGCCGUACUACUACGCGGACAUCCACAAGAUCCGAUCCUCGAAGACGGAAUCGGCGCGUCGGCAGGCGAGCUUGGGGAAGAGCGUGAGCUUGGACACAGCAGACGAUGCCUGGAUGCCGACCCGGGAGCCGAGGAGGACUCCGGCAGUGAGCUCAGGCGCCUUGCCCGACUCCCGACGCAACACGCUCUACAUCCCGGAGCGCGCCUCCUUGGAGGAGUCCUUGGGCAGCGAGCUCGCCUCUGAUGAGGACCUGGUCGCCGGCUGCCAAGCCUAUGACUGGGACUCGCCCACGCGAAUCCUCGACGAGCUCGAUCUAGACGAGAUGUCGCAAAAGAGACAUGUCUACGAGACCGCCUUCGACUCGCAAGUCAGCAGAUCCGAUGAAGACUCGGAGAUCCAACGGGUGGCGAGCAGUUCGUUCCUGCAAGGGACACUGGGCUCCCGCUCGAGCGAGAGCCUCCGUCGCUUCCGGCCGAUCGUCUCCUCGGAGUCGGCCGAGUUCUUCCGACCCAACGUCUGCCGGUCGCUGGCCAAGAGACGCCCGAUCCCGACGACGGCGCCCAAGGCCACCAUCGAGGACCUCAACGACGACCUGGACGCCCUGGGCAUCGACGACCGACUCCAGCCCCAGCCCCAACCCCAACCCCAACCCUCGUCGAGCACGACACGCGAGACCCAGACUCCGCCGUCCACCACCCCGCUGCCGCCCAAGUUCCACUCCCUCCACUCCAUAGCCACCGCCCAGAGCUCCCCGAGCAUCCGCGGGGACUUGUCCCUCUCGGCCAGCUGCACCAACUUCAAGAAGGACGCGAACGCGCCGGGGGUGCCGAAGCCGCAUUCGCGAUCCGCCCGGCGUCCUUUCCCUAGUUCAACCAAAGUCCUGGAGAUCAAGUCGCGGCCGGAGCUCAAGUACUCGAGCACCGAGUCGGUGACGUGCAGCAGCAGCGGGGGCAGCCUCGAGUCGAUCCGGAGCUCGACGAGCGAGGACAACCGGAGCACGACGUCGACCGGGAGCCACAUGUCCAGCAGCAUCAGCUCCAACAGCUCCGAGUCGGCGAUCCAGAGCUCCAGCUCCAGCUACCACUGCCCGAUCACGCUGUCCAAGUUCUUCCACCAGCAGAACAAGCUCCACAUCCUCUCGCCGAUCUCGGACAAGUCGUCGCAGGAGCCGUCCGAGCGCUCGUCCGAGGACAACCGGGUGGCCUCGCAGCGGAACUCCCCCGAGGACCUGCUCGACGUCGUGGAGGCCGAGGCGGGGGAGAUCCUCCAGAAAGACACCAAAAGUGCCAAAAAGCGGGCGCCGUUCAAGAAGAACCUGCCCCACCUGAAUUUCUCGCAGACGUUGAGCCUGGACUCGGAUUCCGGGGGCGGCGGGACGAACCAGAACUCGGACUCCGGGAUCUCCAUCGAGUACUCCAAGUCGAAGACCGGGUCCGAGGCCCACCCGGAUUUCCUGGAUCUCCCGUUCGACAUGCCCAAGCUCCGGCGGAAGCGGUUGCAGAUGCAGCAGAGCCUCGGCGUCCAGGAUACCUCGAGCAGUGCUACCUCCGUAGAUAUUAAGGAUCUUCCGUUCGAUAUGCCCAAGCUCAAGCGACGGCUUCGCAAUUCCAUUCCGGCCCAAACCAUGCCAUCCAAUAACGUAUCACUUGCGUCCUCCUGUAACAGUGUUCAAGAGACCGAUCCCAAAGCAUUUGUCAGUCGAACUCAACUGACGUUAAAUUUCGGCACGGGUGUCAAGAAAGACCCAAAAUCCUUAGAUUUAAAUUUGAAAUUGGGAGAGAUCAAUUCAACAAGUCUGGCCGGCGAAAGCUUUGAUGUGACGUUACCACUUGAAAGACAAUCUUGGUAUCAUGGCAGUAUAACGCGAGUGGAGGCAGAAAAUAUUCUUCGCAAUGCAGCGGAAGGCAGUUAUUUGGUGCGGAAUAGUGAAUCAUCAAGACUUGAUUAUUCGCUGUCUUUGAAGAGUGCUAGAGGUUUCAUGCAUAUGCGUAUCCAGAGGGACAAGGAAUCGAAUCAGUUCAUCCUCGGCCAUUUUAGCAAUCUCUUCGUCAACGUUCCUUCUAUGAUUCACCAUUACUCACUGAAUCGGAUCCCAAUUCGAGGUGCCGAACACAUGCGAUUACUUCACCCGUUGCCGGAACAGCUCCUGUAAAAUCCCCUAUGGACCAACCCGCUCUAUUAUUACCCGUCCAUGGAUCGUGUGUGUAACACAUCGCAGCCGCACUAUCUUCAGUCUGAUAUUUUGCCGAACGUGAAGGUGGGAAAGGCAGUGAAGAGACUGAUCAAAAUACGAUCCAAAUCAGCCGAAUCGUGAGCGUCUUCCGAUGCGACGAGUCAAUCAUUUGGAGUGCAUUUUGCAAUUUGGACCUAUAAAUUCGGGCUCAUCUGAAAAAACACGUAUGUUCAUAGGGAAACUAAUGGAACAUUCGUUGUUUUUAAACCGGGUCGGAAUUUACAGUUCUCAAUUGCAAAAUGAAGUCUAUUUAAGGUGAUUCGUCAAGGUUUCUGAAGUGGCCGAACUGGCACGCGAUAUAUCGCAUUAAUUAUGUCAAAAAUCUCAGCAGAUUUUCAAUUUUUAGCCAAAAAAAUAAGGACGGUAGCCCCUCCGCAUGAGCCUCAAGGGUCAUAUCGUAAACCUAAAAAUUUGACAAAAUUCUGAGGUAUGAAAGCAGAAUCCUGCGGGCUGAUUGUUGAAAUUGAUAGACAAAGCUAUAGACAAAGGAGACAUAGGGGAGUAUGGAGCGAUCCUAUUGGUUGAAA